AUUAGAAAAAAAAAUCAUAAAAAAUUAACUAACUUGUUUAAAUACAGUAAGAAACAUGUAAAGGUUUAACCAAAAAGGCAAAAGGCAAAAAAGUUGGUUUUGGUAUGCAAAAUGUUUGAAAAGCAAAAGAACUGUUGUAGUUUUGUUGUGUUGUUUGCAUGUUAAUCAUACAUGUACAACCUUGCUUCUUUCUUUGUUUUCUUCUCCACAGAUAAAAAAGAGCUUAGAGAACCAGAACCAAACAAAGAAAACAAGGAAAGUGUUUCUUUUUCUUUUCCACAUGGAUUGUUUUUCUGAUCCAUCUCCAUCUUCUUUAUCUGGGUUUCUCAGCUCUUCUUGUGAGGAUCACGUCAUCACAUUCCGGCUGCUUGCAUCAGCUUCCCGGCAAACCGGUUGUUGAGGUUUUGGAUCUACAAGAAGGAAACAUCAUUUUUCUUUUGAGGUAGUGGGUAUUGAAUUCUAGAGGCAAUGAGGCAUUUUUCCUCCAUGUUCAAUGGAUUAGCAAGGUCGUUUCCUAUUAGAAGAGGGAAAAAUUCAGAGAAUGAUGAUGGAAGAGAAGCUGCUGAGGCAAUGGCAAAGGAUGCAAAGAAGAAUGACCUGAUUUUGAGGUCUUCUGGCUUUGUAAAUGUUGACGGUUCCAACAAUUUAGCCUCAGUUUUUUCCAAGAGGGGCAGAAAAGGAGUGAACCAGGAUUGUGCCAUUGUAUGGGAGGAAUUUGGAUGUCAAGCAGACAUGCUAUUUUGUGGGAUAUUUGAUGGCCAUGGUCCAUGGGGUCAUUUUGUAGCGAAAAAGGUCCGCGAAUCAUUGCCUUCAUCCUUGCUUUGCCAUUGGCAAGAGACUCUAGCUCAGACAUCCCUUGACCCGGAUAUCGAUUUGGAAUCAGAUAAAAAGCAUCAGAGAUUCGAUAUAUGGAAGCAUUCUUAUCUAAAGACUUGUGCUGCUGUUGAUCAGGAGCUUCAACAGUAUCGGAAGAUUGAUUCCUUCUACAGUGGAACAACUGCCUUGACAAUUGUCAGACAGGGUGACCUCAUGUAUGUUGCCAAUAUCGGUGAUUCUCGGGCUGUUUUGGCAACAACUUCAGAUGAUGGAGACCUGGUUCCCGUUCAGCUCACUGUCGAUUUCAAGCCCAAUUUACCUCAGGAGGCUGAGCGGAUAAUUCAGUGCAAAGGGCGGGUGUUCUGUUUGCAUGAUGAGCCAGGUGUGCACAGGGUUUGGCUGCCCGAUGAGGAGUCACCGGGACUGGCAAUGUCUAGAGCUUUUGGGGAUUAUUGCAUCAAGGAGUAUGGGCUUAUUUCCGUUCCUGAAGUCACACAAAGACAAAUAACCAGCAGAGACCAAUUUGUUGUGCUUGCAACUGAUGGGGUAUGGGAUGUUAUUUCCAAUCAGGAAGCAAUCCAAAUAGUAUCUUCAACACCUGACAAGGCGAAGGCAGCUAAAUGCCUGGUCGAGUGUGCUGCCCAUGCUUGGAAAAAGAAGAGGAAGGGUAUUGCAAUGGAUGAUAUUUCAGCCAUCUGCCUCUUCUUCCACUCAUCUGCUGUAUCUCAGCAUGAAGUUAAUCUUGUAACAACUUCAAAAUAGUACUGAUGUAAAUGAGCGAGGUAAAUUGCUCCUAAAAGUCCUAUCCAUCAAUUAUUGUAUUUCUUAGUUCAAUGUAAUUGAUCAAAAAAUGUCCACUUUCAUUCCCAUA